AUGAACACGUGUUCUGAUAUAUUAAAAGACUUUGAAUCUGGACCACUAGAUGUUUAUAGAAAAAAUUCCACAAUCAACUGGAAAAAAAUGAGGGUUUUCAUAGAAUCUGAAGAUAUUUUACGAUACAAGAUGAGAGCUUGGAAAACGUUUGAAUCUGAUCCACUAUUCCAACAUUCUAAUGAAACUUUACCAUUAGAUGAACAACGAAGAUUAGCAUUAUUAAGAAUGUAUAGAAUUGUAGAAUCAAAAGUAUUUCCAUUUGAAGAAAUAAUGUCUAGUCCCAGACUGGCUUUAGCAAAAAUAGUGGCAAUGUUUCAGUAUUGUCCGUCUGUUGCAAUAAAAGUCGGAUUGACUUUUGACAUGUUCUCUAAUGUCAUAUUUAGUAUGGAUAAUGGAAGAAAUUCUAAUCUGUAUGAAAAUGCUCAAGAAGGAAAAGUUCCUGGUUGUUUUGCACUUACAGAAAUUUCACAUGGUACUAAUACUAAGGAAAUGAGAACUACAGCUUUAUAUGACAACAAUUUAAAACAGUUUAUUUUACAUACUCCUGAUUUCGAAGCAGCAAAAUGUUGGGUUGGUAGUUUAGGAAAAUCAAGUACACACGCAAUAAUAUGGGCCAAACUAAUCAUGAGUAAUGGUGAUGAUCACGGAUUACAUGCAUUUGUAGUUAAUAUACGAGAUCCAAAAACAAUGUUACCUUAUUCUGGAGUCAUAGUUGGUGACUUAGGAGAAAAAGCCAGUUUGAAUGGUGUUGAUAACGGAUUUAUAAUGUUUAACAAGUUUUGUAUACCAAAAGAAAGUUUACUGAGUAAAACUGGAGACAUAAAUGAAGAUGGAAAAUAUGUUUCACCGUUUAAGGAUAAAUCAAAACGAUUGGGAGCUUCUUUAGGCAGUUUAUCUGUUGGACGAUUAAGUAUUGUAAAUAUAUGUGUAGCAUACAUCACAAAAGCUGUUCCAAUAGCUAUAAGAUAUACAGGUGUUAGGAAACAGUUUGGACCCCCUAAUGGUGAUGAGUUACCAGUCUUAGAGUAUCAAUUAGUACAAUGUAGAUUGAUCCCAAAUUUGGCUGCUGCGUAUGCAUUAAAAAUCUAUGGCGAUUAUGUGGCUUAUGUAUAUGAAUCAUUUUUAAUUGAGAUGUAUUCCAACAGUGGUUCAGAAAAAAUUAGAUUGCUUGGCACAGAGAUACAUGCAAUAUCUAGUUGUACCAAACCCAUAGCUGCGUGGACAUGUCGAGAUGCAAUACAAGAGUGUAGAGAAGCAUGUGGUGGUCACGGUUAUUUAAAAGCUGCUGGGCUUAGUGAACUGCGCAAUGCAAAUGAUGCUAAUUGCACAUAUGAAGGUGAUAAUAAUGUAUUAAUACAACAAACCAGUAAUUGGCUAUUAAAUAUAUGGACAAAUUUACUGAAUGGAAAUACAAGUUGUUGUGAUACUCCAUUGGGUACUAUAGAGUUUCUUAAAGAUUCCAAAACUAUACUAAGUGAAAAAUUUAAAUUAUCUAGAGUAGAUGAAGUAUUCACUCAUAUGAAUUUAUUAUCUUGUUUUCAAUGGAUGAUAUGCUAUUUAUUACGUCAGACAUAUGCACAAUUGCAACUAUUAAAAGAUCAAAGAAAAGAUUUAUUUACAGCGAAAAAUGAUUCCCAGAUGUUCUUUGCUAGGGAUCUGUCAAUAGUAUUUGCAGAAUACUUAAUUUUGAAAAAGUUUAUUGAAACAACAUCAUCUCCAAAUUUAGAUGACGCACAUAAAGUAGUAUUACAUAAACUUGCUUCACUUUAUGGAUUUUGGCUAGUUGAAAAACAUUUGUCAAUUAUGUAUGAAGGUGGCUAUGCUAAUGGGCCAUUAGCAUCUGUAAUAGUUAAAGGAUCCAUAAUAGAUUUAUGUUCAAGUCUUAAAAAUGAAGCAGUGACACUUGCUGAUGCUAUAGUGCCUCCAGAUUUUAUUCUUAAUUCAGUGCUGGCUGCUUCAAAUGGACGGGUUUAUGAUAACUUGAAAGAUUUAUUAUUUGAAGAUAAAUCGACAUUUGAAAGACCUACUUGGUGGACAGAGAUAGCAGUACGAUCGAAAUUAUAA